GGCGCCGGGUCGAGGGGGCUCUCGGAGACUCAAGCGGUGGCGGCCAUAACGAUGGCGCCGACCCUGAACCUCAACAACGAGGUUGUAAAGAUGAGAAGAGAAGUGAAGAAGGUGAGAGUUUUGACAAUUCGCAAGCUAACUCGACACAUUGCAAAACUAAAGGCAAAAAAGGGUACUGAAGAUGCAGUACUGAAAAAUCAUAAACGUGCACAGAGGUUAUUGGAAGAAAUUCAUGCUAUGAAGGAAAUAAAACCUGAUCAAGUUACCAAACUAGCUCUUGGUGGAGAAAUUAAUUUUGAGCUUGUCUGCAAAAAGCCUGAUUCUACAGCGACAGAUAGAGCACUAGCUAGACUGACAACUCACCCACUGCUGAGGACAAAAAUUGCUGAUAUUAAAGCCACUUGUUUUUUUUUAGCUGCUGUAAAAGCCUUUAAAGAUGCAAGAAGGAAGCCAGCUAGACCCAUUUCUGCAGAGGAGCAUAAAUCAGAAGAAGAGCUUACCAAACAACCUGAAGUGACCCAGCAUUCCAAUAUCAAUGAACAUAACCAAGUGUUUAAACAAGGCAAAGUAGAGGUGGGAGAGAAGUCACGCACUGACAAGGGAAAGAAGCAAAUUUGUAAGAAAGAGAAACAAAAAAAUCUAGACAGUGAGAAAUGCCCCUCAGAUGGUUCUACAGUGCAGGCUCUAAAGGAUCAUGAAUUAGUUCAUAAGAGUCAGCUGGAAAUGACAGUCUGUCCAGAAAGAAAGGAACAGGUAAGUGAUCUCCUUUACAGGGCAGAAGAUGAAUCAGACAGUGAUGCAAGUAACACUGAAGAAAAGGCAGCAGAGGAGGAGUACUUCGAUGACAGCACUGAAGAGAGAUUCUAUAAUCAGUCUUCUGGCUCUGAUGAAAGCGAUGAUAAUGAUGAUUUCUUCAUUGGCAAAGCAAAGAGGAUUAAAAAGAAAGGGGCAGCUGAUCUUUCGUCACUUACAGAAGAUAAAGACAAGAGCAUGGUGGUAAAAGAAACAAAGUAUUCACAAUUUGACCCUGUGCAGGAUUCAGACAUACAAGGCAGCUAUCCAAAUGCAAAAAUCAAGAAGCUACAAUCUGUAUUUUAUCCUUCAUUGUCCAAUUCUGAGCAGAAAUCCAAGACUGUAAAAAGAACUUCUAGAGACCAUCUUUCCAAAAACAAAAUGAUGGCGUUUCAAAAAAAAUGUCCACAGAAACGGUUGUCCAAAAGUAUAGGUACAAAGCAAGAUCUUAAGAGAGAACGGUUGGCACAACCUCUUCAUCCUUCAUGGGAAGCAAGUAGGAAACGUCGAGAGCAAACUUCUCAAAUUACAUUAUUCCAAGGAAAAAAGAUAAUAUUUGAAGACUAAUUUUUUUCUAGUAAAUCCAGAGUAGUGCACAUUUAAUUGAGCUCAUAGAGAGAGGAACUUUGCCAUCUUGACAGCCUCCCCCAAAGCUGUUUCCGAAGGUCAAGAGGGCCUUGUGAUCAAAUAGAAAAGUGGCAAGAGCUUGCAGAAGAGAGGAAAAUCCCCCAUAAUUCUCUGAUGACCCCAACUGUCAAGAAGAGUUUUCAGAAGAGACACAGGGAAAAGGAAUCAGCAAUAUUUCUUCCACAAACUUCAUUCCAAUUUCAGUAGUUAAUAUCCAAGCUAUGUAGUUAGUAUCCAAGCUACAUAAAAUUAAAAUAUUAAGAUUUUUAUGGACAAAAAUGUGGUAGGUUUCAUUUUUCUAACUUAAUUAUACAAAGUCAGUAUUAAUCUUGAAGAUAUUGGGUUGGUUCUAGCAGUAAGUGCUGGCUGACAUGAACCUUCCCACUUCCCUCUACCUGAUGCCAAGAAAGUGGACAAAUAGCCUUGCAGGCUGAGAAGCUACAAUGGGGAGGCAAAGUGGGACAAAAUCACCCUUGUUGCCUCUUUCCCCCUACUCAUUGCAGCCCAUUGCAGGCACAUUUAUUUCUUGUGUGCCAAUAUUUGGAAAUCUUGCUGACGUAUACACUUUUUGUAGUUAGAGCCUUGUAAUUGUAUCUUCUAAUUUUUCUAAAAGGCCAUUCUCCAUUUGUAUUUUUAAAUUGAGGCAGCUAUUUAAAAAAUGCUUCAGCUGCAAUUUGGCCUCUCAACAAGUGGAUAAAUUUGUAAGUACUCAAGAUGUAAUGAAUCCUUCACCUUGGCCUGUUCCUUCCAUUUGGUAAUUAAUUUCCAAAGCCUUGUAUGAAAAAACUUUAAUGAAGUCAAUUAAGUUUAAGAAUGUGAAAAACCAGAAUAGAGUGUGUUUCUGGUGCCUGUUCACAAAGCUAAAAUCCAUCUGACCAAGUUAAAUGACACCUGAAAAUGAGUGUCUAAAUAAAUACACUCACUGGUACAUCUUCUUAAUAUUCUGCAAGACUAAACGGGGAUUUGACUGUGUUGAGUGGUAUUAUGCAUGUUUGACUCCAGGUAUGGCAGUAGUGAAAAAGGAAAGCACUGUAGUAGGGAUUAUUGCAACAUAGCUUCUACUUGUAUUUGUUUUACAGAUUUAUAUUUAUGUGAACCACCUCAUUUUUAAAUAAAUAGUUAAUUUUAGACUAGAUGGCAUUGUAUCUUUCCAUUAACAAGACUUUAAUUAAUUUAUGCAGAUAGAACUAGGGAUGUGAAU